AAUCCAAGCCUCAGAGGGUGAGAGAGAAAGAAGUCACCACCAACCAACGAAACAAAGCAGAGGUAGGUAGCAGAUAAGCCACCUCAACACAACACAACACAACAUAACAUAGCUUCCACUCUCUCACACAUUCAACCAAACACCUUCACGUUAUCGUCAUUCUUCCAAAAUGGAUUCAAGUCACCAAAUGGAAAAAGAGAAAGAAGAAGAGAGACAGAAGACAGUAGUCUCCACAGAACCGCCAUUUGCAGUGGCAUCACUAUCCCUCUCUCUCCCAACCGUUUUCCCCUUUCGACAACCUAAGAUCUCAUCAACCCCUCAACCCAACAAGGUCAAGGUUCCAACCCAAGCUUCAUCCCUAACCCACCUUUCUCUCUCAACCGCUUCCCCAACUCCUUCCAAGACCUCCUUCAAAUCCUCCCUCUCCGCCACCCCCAUCCACGCCCCUCUAUCCCUCGGGCCCAACCGCCCCCGCGACCCCUCCAACUCCGCUGCGCUUCGCCGUGCCUCUGUGGUCUGGUUCCGCAACGACCUCCGCGUUCUCGAUAACGAGUGUCUCGCCUCCGCCAACAAUGAAUCUCUCUCUGUCCUCCCCGUCUACUGCUUCGACCCCGCCGACUACGGCAAGUCCGCCUCCGGCUUCGAUAAGACUGGUCCCUACCGCGCCACCUUCCUCAUCGAGUCCGUCGCCGACUUGCGGCGGAAUCUCCAGGCUCGCGGCUCCGAUCUGGUGGUGCGCGUUGGGAAGCCCGAGACCGUUCUGGUAGAGCUGGCGAAGGCCGUCGGGGCCGACGCGGUGUACGCGCACCGGGAGGUUUCUCAUGACGAGGCGAAGACGGAGGAGAAGGUGGAGGCAGCGAUGAAGGAGGAGAAUGUGGAAGUAAAGUACUUCUGGGGAAGCACGUUGUAUCAUGUGGAGGAUUUGCCUUUUAAGCUUGAGGAUAUGCCUUCCAAUUACGGAGGGUUUAAGGAUAGGGUUCAGAAAUUGGAGAUUAGGAAGACAAUUGAGGCUUUGGAUCAGCUUAAGGGAAUGCCUUCUCGCGGAGAUGUUGAGAUUGGUGAUAUUCCUUCCUUGAUGGACCUUGGUCUUAAUCCAUCUUCCACAAUGCCACAGGAUGGGAAGGCUGGUGCUAAUGCUUCUAUGGUAGGAGGGGAGACUGAGGCACUGCAGAGGCUGAAAAAAUUUGCGGCUGAGUGUGAAGCUCAGCCACCCAAGGGGUAUAAGGAUGGAACACACAGUAUAUAUGGUGCCAACUUUUCCUGCAAGAUUUCUCCGUGGUUGGCAAUGGGAUGUCUCUCCCCUCGUGUAAUGUAUGAAGAACUGAAGAAGACUGCCAGCAGAUCCAUUUCUGCAUCGUCGAACCGGACUGAUGGUGGUAAUGGCUCGUCCAAAACUGGAACAAAUUGGUUGAUGUUUGAGUUGCUAUGGAGGGACUUCUUCAGCGGCCAUAUAUUGUGGCUGCUACUGUGACACAGGGCUCAGAAACCCAUUUACCCCGUCAGACUUGGGCUUUAAGGUAAAAUAUUUCAUUAAAGGUUGCGUCCGUAAAACCUCUAUUCCUUCGCACGUUAAAGGACUAUUUUUUCUUGUGUUCUGCUCUUCCUUUAAACUUCCCAGCUCACAUUCUGCUAUUUCUUUCAUUUUUAUUUUUUUUUUCUAUAAAUUUAACCGCCUUCUUUGAGUUUUUUAUUUCAUUACUAUGUUCUUAUGGGUCCUAUGGAUUAAUGGUGAUUGUUUGUGUGCACAGUAUAUAACCUAUAGUUGGAUUUUUAUUUGCAGUGUGAGUUAGUUUGUAUUAUAAUAUUUAAAAUAGUGGUUGUCCCAAUAGCGUUUUCAGAGUUAGCUGUGGCUAGCAUCUAUCCGAAACUCAUAACCAUGCUUAAAGUAUUACUCUUAUUUUUUACUAUUUUCAAAAGGAUGGAGUUAGUACAGUGCCAAUUUUAAAAAUUGUCGUUACAGAGCAGCCAUAACAGCGUAAUGCUAUAACGUUAAUGUUUCCCCAACCCCUUCGCAGAGGCAAAUUCUGAAGGGAGACCCACUUUAUCAGCACCAUUGGAUGCAAUGGCUUGUUUAGAUAGCGGAAUUUUGGCCUUCUGCCAUGUUCCACCGUCUGUUAUUGGUAACCUUUUAGUGUACACAGGAAAGUUGCAAACAACUCAUCUAAAACAUUUUAAAGUUGCAAUUUGUAACUAUUGCUCUAAAUGUGGUAAAUCCCUAGUGAAUGAACUUUUCAUUUUCUAUAUGCUCACCACGGAACACCCUUAAUACGUAUAUGUAUUGAGGUUUUAAAAAAGGGUAUCUAUGACUGCAAUCGUAACCAUGUCAAGGCUUUUAGGGUUUUUGCAAUUGCAAUUGCAAUUAGAACUGCAUAAUAUUGUAAUUACAAAGUUUCCAUGCCUGCAAUUGUAACUACAAUGUGAAGGCUUUUGGUGUUUGUCCCAUUGCAAUUUCAAUUGCGGCUGCUGACAUGGAUGAUGGAUUUGUAUUUGUGACUGAAUUUUAAGUAUUGAUAUCAGCAAUUUAUCUUUCACUUACAGUUUUUGAAUGAUUUGCUGGUCUUAUAAGUUUAAAGUUGGAAAUAUUUAUUCCCCCUUUCCUUGAAAUGUAAGGGCCUUGUGGCUCUUGAAAAACACAACAAUUUCUGAUUCAGGUUUCCUAUUUGACCAAUAACGAUCAUGAAGUUCUGCUUGAGAGAUUACUGAAAUAAUUAUUUUUGUUCCUCCAAUUAUCUGCUUUGUCAAUAGUUAUAAUACAGAGGGAUAGUAUUGAAAAUAACAGGUAUUGCUGUGUUAUUUGUUGGCAAAACAUUAUAUAUGAAUACUGUUUCUGGCAAAUAACAUAUAGUAUGAUUUGUGAAAUUUUCAUCUCGUUGGAUUUGUCCAGGUUUAUAACAAAAAAAUACAGUUCUGCAAA